CCACUACUUUUGUUCCUUUGUUCUGUAAUACCUGUGUCUCCAUUCUCAUUAAGAAUCGUAUGAUGUCGUUUUACAUGUUUGCGAAUGCAUACGAGAUGUUUGAUAAAUGGACCAUAAGCCUGCGAGUUUCCUUUCGAAGAUGUAAGAUGGGACCAUUACAAAAUACAAACAAAUAUCAGAGGCGUGGGUCCCGCAUAAACCGGUAAAGUCGUUGAUAGAGUCCGACACUUCAUAAAAUACCAAUCAGAUCACUCCUCAUCUAACCAAGUAACCAUGAACCAUGGUUUGAGGAGAUUCGGUUUCUGUAUGUAUAUCAGUAUAUGUCUCCAAUUUUCCUGUGUUUUUAUUCGUUUUUUUGGUAUAUAGGUAAAUUAAUUAUUCCUUGGAGAUGGGGAGAGCCAUGACAUCCUUUAUUUAUUUUAAAUUUUUAAUCCAUCUAACCAAGUAACCAUGAACCAUCCUUUCUCUUUCUCGGCCUCCCACCUUCGCUCUCUCCGUCUCCUCUCCAACUGAAGUCUUGCGCACCACGUAUUCUAUAGCCAAACAAGCUGUCAUUGACUCUCUCUCUCUCUCCAUAGUCUAUCAACUCUAUUACCACAACUUUCUCUGGUUUCCUUCUCUCUAUAUAUACAAAUCACAAAUCGGCUCUUCGCUAAAUAGACUCGAAAACAAACCUAAGUGAAGAACAACUGCUAGCAGGAGUGUUUUUGACGAAUCAGGGCCCGAUAUGUCUAUCUUCUUCUCACAUUCUUCUACACUGAUAAUGCACUCCGCUAGUGAUUUUCUUCUCAAACCCAUCUUUCGAGGUUUGGUUUCUGCUUCAUCACACCUUGUUUUGGUACUUGUUUUAUUCGUGUUUUGGGCUUGCAGGAGGCUCAAGACCACUAUCCCUGAAGAAUCAAAGAAAAGGUUCAUUAACGGAAACUUUUUAUAUUAUAAGCUCACCCUUUUCUCUUGUUUCGGCCUAUCUCUGUUUAAUCUUACUCUCUCUGUUUUAAACUACUUUUAUUGGUAUAGAAAUGGUUGGUCUGAUGAAAAACUUGUGACCCUAUCGGAUUUAGUUCUCAAAACAAUUACUUGGCUUGCCAUUUCAGCUUACUUGCACUUCCAAUUUUCUCACUCAACUAUCCAGAAGUUUCCCGUCCUACUCAGAAUUUGGUGGGUUUUCUAUUCCCUUAUGUCUUGUUCUAACCUUAUCGUAGACCUUGCUUACUGUAGAAAAAGUCCAUCCUUGCCGACGCAGUUCUGGGUUUCGGACAUUGUGUCAGUUCUUGCUGGUUUCUUCCUUUCUUGUGUAAGUUUUUUAGGGAGGAAGGUUGGAGAAGAGACCCUUCUUCAAGAGCCUCUUUUAAACGGCAGUGCUAACAGAAGCAAUAGUAUUGAUAGGUCAAACAAUGGUAUUGGAACUGAAAACAUUACCCCUUACUCCAAUGCUAACCUUAUUAGUAUCCUUACUUUCUCUUGGAUGGGCCCUUUGCUUGCUGUUGGUAACAAGAAAACCUUAGAUCUUGAGGAUGUUCCGCAGCUUGCAGGGAACGAUAGUGUUAAUGUGGUCUACCCGAUUUUCAGAAACAAACUUGAAUCUGAUAAUAGUUGUCCUGGUGAGGUAACCACACUCAAGCUGGUCAAAGCAUUGUUGUUCUCAGCGUGGAAGGAAAUCCUUUGGACGGGUUUGUUUGCACUUUUAUACACGUUUUCUUCUUAUGUCGGUCCAUACCUUAUUGACACCUUCGUGCAAUACCUAAAUGGCCGUCGAGAAUUCAGAAAUGAAGGGUAUGCUUUGGUCUCUGCCUUCCUUGUUGCAAAGCUCAUAGAGUGCCCCUCACAGAGACAUUGGUUCUUUAGGGUGCAACAGGUUGGGAUUAGGGCUCAAGCUGCACUGGUUGCAAUGAUUUACAAGAAGGGUCUUACGCUCUCAAGUCACUCUAGACAGAGUCACACUAGUGGGGAGAUAAUCAAUUUCAUGGCUGUUGAUGCUGAGCGGGUAGGGGACUUUAGCUGGUACAUGCACGACUUAUGGAUGGUCCCUGUUCAAGUAUCUCUAGCCUUAAUUAUCUUGUACAAGAGUCUUGGCCUUGCUUCAAUUGCAGCCCUUGUGGCCACUGUACUUGUGAUGUUGGCCAAUAUUCCCUUGGGAACACUGCAAAAGAAAUUUCAGGGUAAAUUAAUGGAGUCAAAAGAUAAGAGGAUGAAGACAACAUCCGAGAUUCUGAGGAACAUGAGAAUUCUAAAGCUUCAGGGAUGGGAGAUGAAAUUCUUGUCUAAGGUAGUUGAGCUUAGGAAGAAUGAGACAGGAUGGUUGAAGAAGUUUGUUUAUACAUCAGCCAUGACAUCCUUUGUCUUCUGGGGUGCCCCAACAUUCGUGGCUGUGGUCACAUUUGGGUCCUGUAUGCUCAUGGGGAUCCCACUGGAGUCAGGGAAGAUUCUAUCUGCACUUGCAACAUUCAGGAUAUUGCAAGAGCCCAUUUAUAAUCUCCCAGACACAAUUUCCAUGGUCGUUCAAACUAAAGUUUCUCUAGACAGAAUUGCUUCGUUCAUCUGUCUUGAUGAUUUGCAGCCUGAUUUAAUAGAGAAGGUUCCAAGAAAUAGUUCUGAGGUUGCCAUCCAGAUGAGCAAUGCGAGUUUCUCCUGGGAUCUCUCUUCCCCCACCCCUACAAUUAAAGAUCUAAAUUUCAAAGUCUACCAUGGCAUGAGGGUAGCUGUUUGUGGUACCGUUGGUUCAGGAAAGUCAAGUUUGCUCUCCUGCAUUUUGGGGGAAGUGCCAAAGGUAUCUGGGACUGUCAAGUUGUGUGGGACAAAGGCUUAUGUUGCUCAGUCGCCUUGGAUACAGAGUGGUAAGAUAGAAGAGAAUAUAUUGUUUGGAAAGGAAAUGGACAGAGAGAAGUAUGAGAGAGUCCUUGAAGUUUGUUCGUUGAAGAAGGACCUGGAAAUUCUGUCAUUCGGGGAUCAGACAGUUAUAGGGGAGAGGGGAAUCAACUUGAGUGGUGGACAGAAGCAAAGGAUACAGAUUGCACGUGCUUUGUACCAGGAUGCUGACGUUUAUCUAUUUGACGAUCCUUUUAGUGCCGUGGAUGCUCAUACAGGAACACAUCUCUUCAAGGAAUGUAUACUCGGGCUUUUGAGUUCAAAGACAGUGAUUUAUGUUACCCAUCAAGUAGAGUUCUUACCUUCUGCUGAUCUUGUCCUGGUUAUGAGAGAUGGAAGAAUUACACAAGCAGGAAAAUAUGAUGAAAUUCUCACUUUGGGAACAGACUUCAUGGAACUGGUGGGUGCACACAAGACAGCUUUGUCAUCCCUUGAUUCUAUGCAGACAGAGCCAGCUUCCGAGACGUCAGGUAAUAAUGAGGAAUAUAGUGAUAUGCAAAGUGGGAAGAAGUAUACUGACAAAGAAGAAGAGCAAAAUGUUAAGAAGGAUGAAAUGACUGGGGGAAAAGGACAGCUUGUUCAGGAAGAAGAGAGAGAGAAGGGCAGAGUUGGUUUUUCGGUCUACUGGAAAUAUAUCACCACAGCGUAUAAAGGAGCUCUUGUGCCUUUGAUUUUGCUAGCACAGAUACUUUUUCAGCUCCUUCAAAUUGCUAGCAAUUACUGGAUGGCCUGGGCAGCUCCUGUGUCAAAGGAUGUGCAACCCCCAGUUGGGGGUUCAACUCUUCUUUUUGUCUUUGUUGCUUUGGCCUUUGGGAGUUCUGUUUGUGUUCUUGUUAGAGCCAUGCUUAUUGUAACAGCUGGAUAUAAGACAGCCACACUACUUUUCAAUAAGAUGCAUUUAUGCAUUUUUCGUGCUCCCAUGUCAUUCUUUGAUUCUACUCCGAGUGGACGCAUCCUUAAUAGGGCUUCUACAGAUCAAAGUGCUGUUGAUUUGAAUAUUCCAUAUCAAAUUGGGUCAUUUGCCUUCUCAAUUAUACAAUUGGUGGGAAUUAUUGCAGUAAUGUCUCAGGUAGCAUGGCAGGUUUUCAUCAUAUUUAUUCCUGUAAUUGCGACCUGCAUUUGGUAUCAGCAUUACUACAUAUCUACAGCACGUGAAUUAGCAAGGCUGGUUGGUGUAUGCAAAGCUCCAGUUAUACAAUAUUUUUCUGAAUCAAUCUCAGGAUCAACAACAAUCAGGGGUUUUGAUCAGGAAUUGAGAUUCAUGGACACAAAUCUUAAGCUGAUUGAUGCAUAUUCCCGGCCCAAAUUCCAUGUUGCUGCAGCAAUGGAGUGGCUAUGUUUCCGCCUGGAUAUGUUGUCAUCCAUCACAUUUGCCUUCUCUUUGAUUUUCUUAAUUUCUGUGCCAGAAGGAGUGAUUGAUCCAGGCAUUGCUGGUUUGACAGUGACAUAUGGACUGAAUUUGAACAUGAUACAAGCCUGGGUCAUAUGGAAUCUCUGUAAUCUUGAGAACAAAAUUAUAUCUGUUGAGAGAAUACUUCAGUACAUGUCUAUCCCCAGUGAACCUCCUCUUGUUAUAGAAACAAAUCGGCCAGAUAGGGAUUGGCCAUCAUAUGGAGAAGUUGGCAUUUGCGACCUGCAGGUGCGUUAUGCUCCACACCUACCACUUGUCUUGCAAGGUAUCACGUGUACAUUUCCUGGAGGAAUGAAGACUGGCAUUGUUGGGAGAACAGGCAGUGGCAAGUCAACUCUCAUCCAGGCACUCUUUCGCAUUGUGGAACCUACAUCUGGACAGAUUUUUAUAGAUCAUAUCAACAUAUCUACAAUUGGACUGCAUGACUUGCGUUCAAGAUUAAGCAUCAUUCCACAAGAUCCGACCAUGUUUGAGGGGACAGUGCAAAGCAAUCUGGACCCACUUGAAGAGUACACAGACGAUCAGAUUUGGGAGGCUCUAGAUAGGUGCCAACUAGGAGAAGAAGUAAGGAAGAAGGAAGGGAAGCUUAAUUCUGCAGUGACUGAGAAUGGAGAGAAUUGGAGUAUGGGCCAAAGGCAGCUGGUCUGCCUAGGACGAGUACUACUUAAGAAGAGUAAAGUUUUGGUGCUUGAUGAAGCUACUGCAUCAGUGGAUACUGCAACUGAUAACUUGAUUCAGCACACACUUAGGCAGCACUUUUCAGACUGUACAGUCGUAACAAUUGCACAUCGGAUAACAUCUGUUCUUGACAGUGACAGGGUCCUACUUCUCGAUCACGGCCUUGUCAUGGAAUAUGAUUCCCCAACCAAAUUGUUGGAGAACAAGUCCUCUUUGUUUGCAAAGCUAGUUGGUGAGUAUACUGGCAGGUCAAGUUCUACCUUUGGCAAGUAAAUGAUAUUUAUGUGGCCGAUGGGAGGAGGCUCUAUCUAACCGAAUUGAGUAGCUUGAUGAUGACGAAAUGGUGAUAAUUGUACUAGGGUUCUCAUUUUGUGAGGACUCAAGUACCGAUGACUUGCAGUUUGCUAUUUUAGGUUCGAUGGUGGUGGUGGUGGUGGUGCAAUUAGAAGUUGUUGUCUUUCAAUUGUCGUAAAAUAUCUUUUAGGGAGAAUGAUCAAUCAGCCCAGAUCAGAAUUUUAUAGCCCCAUAGUACAGGGGGAAUGCAUCCUGACCGUGAAUUGAUGCCAAAUUCACGGGCAGGAUGUGGUUUAUAGGGGGGAGAGGGCUACUAGUGGGAGGGGUGUGGGGCUAUGCAUUGCAUUCAAGAGGUCUUGACGUUUCUUGGUUCCACUAAAAAGAUUUAUAGCAGUACAAUACUAUAUUAUCCAAAAGCAGUUCUUACGGCAGUAAUUACUGAAGCGAAAUACGUGUAUUAGUAAUCGCAAUCUACCAAUAAACUCUGCAUGCAAUAUUGGGAAUA